GUCGCAAGUAAAGCUGCUAGAGUACUCCAUGGAAACGAGUCCGCGGACGGAGUUUUGUUUACACUCCUGGGGAGCAAACAGCUACGGGCAGCUGGGACAGGGACAUGUGGAGGACCAGUCAGCCCCCCGGCUCGCAGACAUCACUCCUCUUCAAAACACGGCUGUCCGGGCUGUCCGGGCUGUUAGCGGCGGCGGAGGUCACUCCGUGGUUAUCACCGAGAAUGCCGAGGUGUUUGUGUGCGGACAGAAUCACAGAGGACAGCUGGGACUUGGACACUGUGUAGACAUCCUCACUUUUCAGCUGUGCUGCAGCCUGAGCCAGAGGAUCACAAAAGUAGCCUGUGGUUGGGAUUUUACUCUUCUCCUCACUGAUUGUGGUCAAGUGUUUGCAUGUGGCUCCAAUGCAUUCGGACAACUGGGUGUCGGCGAGACAGUCAAACAUUCUUCAGAACCUCUGGUUGUUGAGGUGAGCAAACGAGAGAGUCUGAAGGAGUCAGUGGUGAGUGUAGCAGCAGGACUCAGACAUUCAUUGGCUGCUUCUGACUCAGGCUGUGUAUACCAGUGGGGGCGUGGUCUUUGCAGUCACGCUAAGAGAGCCCUGAGUCCACAUCCUGUCCCAUCACACCUUAACUCCACAGUGCCCUCUGUAGUACCAGGUCUGGAUCAGAAGACACACAUGGUGUCAGCAGGGUCAGUGCAUUGUGUGUGCCUCACAGGAGACGGUGAUGUUUUUCUUUGGGGAAGCAACAAACAUGGCCAGCUGGCCAGCACAGAGCCUUUCCUGUCCUCUCCCUCUCUCAUGAAGCGCUCACUUCUGGGUGGAGAAAAAGUUGUCCAUGUGUGGAGUGGCUGGACCCAUAUAGUUGCUCAAACAGAGACUGGGAGAGUGUUCACAUGGGGCAGAGGAGAUUAUGGACAGCUUGGCCAAAACAAAACAUCAUCCAUUCAGAACCCUGAGCAGGAGUCAGUGGGUCCUUCAGCUGGAGGUCCAAACAAGAAGGCUUUCCUGCCCACAGAGGUUAAAGCACUCCAUGGAGCGGCGCAGAUUGCCUGUGGAUCAGAACACAACCUCGCCAUUGUUGGGGGGAGUCUCCUCUCCUGGGGCUGGAACGAACAUGGGAUGUGCGGAGACGGUUCACAGACCGACGUCCUUCAGCCACAGCUCGUUUCUGGGCUCAAACCUCUUCUCAUUGGCUGUGGAGCUGGACACUCUAUGGCAGUGUGUGCUGAGAUGACUGACUCAAGACAAAACUCUGCAAUGAUUCCACUUCAGAGACAUUGAAACAGGAUAAUAUAUUCAGCAUGUUGCACUUGGAGAAAAGAAAAACAGAAUGCAUUUUUGAGUGUACAUAAUUCUACUUGAUUUAGUUUUAAAAAUCAGUGGCUCAGCCUGCAUACAGUUACUUUGAGUGCCUUUAAAAUUACAGCAUUUUCCAUCUUCUAAGAGGCCACCUGAGCUCUUUGAAACGUCCGACUCAAAUUGCAGUUGUCAUAAAUGUUGCUUUGUGCUUGGACACAGGCUGAGUUAUGUCAAAUGAGGACAGAUGCCAUCAUUUUUCUGGCCAGCCCAUCACUUUGAUGGACAUGACGAGGGACAAUAGCUUUGCAGGACAUGGCCAAUGCUUAUGGCUCCUCGGCCACCUGCCAUGUUUGUCCUCCUGAGUGAGGCUGUUAUGGACCAUGUGAAGGAUAGGCUAGUCUGGUGCUAUAGCUCCAUCUUCCCCAUGUCAGCUGUUUUAUUGCUGUGAUCUUGAGUGUCAGGAGGCAGUCAAUCUCUGCACUUCAUACUGAAAAUACAUCGGCCAUCUUGUGAUUUACCACUAACAUGCUUUUCACUUUUCUGGAAACUGUCCAUCAAUAUUUUGUGUCCUUGUCGGUCUGUGUCAGACUCUUUUGAUCUUCUGUUUGUCCUAUUUGCAACACUUUCACACUGUACACCUUAAUCCCUCUUGGGGGAAGUUCGGUCAGCCAUGUUUGACCCGGCUUGCAUAUUUAUGAGCUGUGGGCGCCCGCAGUGCAGCAAACGGGGAUCGACUGUAGGUCUGAAGCCAUUGCUCCUCAAGGGUAAUGGCAGGAAAUAGAAUGGCUAAUGGAUUAUAGUUCUGCAAUUUAAUUCUAUAUAUUUUUGGGGAUUUUAUUGAUUUUAUUAUGCAAUUCAAUAUAAAAAAAAAAAACAUUCACAUCUCUGAAAUGAUGCAUUAAUGGAAUUUAAAUUAAAAGUGCUUUUACCUGGAUUAGAUUAAAAAAAAUCAACACUCACUGAAAAAAGAUAAAUUCUGUGUUUUUUUAUUUAUCACUAUUUAUUGUACAAGCCUGAACUGUAUUUGUCAAAAAAGACACAACAAACCAAUCAAAACGAUCACUGAACACCUUAUUGAGAUAACUAACCACAAAAUACAGUGUUCAAAACACACACUCUGAAGUCUCACUAAACGGCUACAUUAGUUGCCUCUUUGUUGUGUUAUUGAGUCAUUCAUUGAUAAUAGCUUUUUGUAUAUAUGUUUGUGUGUGUGUGUCUAUGCGUGUAUAGGUGUGGCUGACAUUGAGCAGCACACUGUCCCAACAUCUGUGCUCCGCUCUUUUGGCAGAUUCCGAGCUGCUGUUCCUGACUGCACACUGAUCUUAGUCGGCUGUUGGCAGUGUGUUUGCACUUGUUUGGUAAGAAGUUGGUCCCUUGUUACUAACUUUUCUACACAAACAAUGAAGUUGUAAUUUGAACUCAAUGGCUCUGAUUUGAUAGUAGGUAUGACCCUUGCUUUUCUGUAGAAACUGCUGCAUGUGGUGGGCCUUUUUGUCUGAUAACUUGUUUUCAACAGCUGAUGACUAAUUUGAAAUAAAUAAACAUUUAUUCACAAAGAAAAAACAAAUUUGCAUAAAAGAGGCACUUGUCCAGUAAAGUGAGUGUAAUGAUUUAGCACUGGUAAGUAUUACAGACUAAUACAUUUGCCUGUGUGCAGUAAAAGAACAAUAAUCCAAUUUUUCAUGAUUGUCAAUUAAAAUGUAAAUACGACGAGUUUACAUAUUUUCUGCAUAAGACGAUAAUGUAAUCAAAGUGUAGCUACAUUUAAGGAUAUGUAAACAUUCAUUAGAGUUCACUAUCUGUUAUUAAGUUGUGCAUAAACUUAAUUAGUAUUUGCAUUUAAAAUAUUCACCAAUUUCUAGAAGUUCACAUUUUUUAAUGCCUCAAUAGUACAUGGAAAGUGUGGUGUUUGAGUAUGACCUUAUUCUUUUUUUGUGGAUGUUAUCUCUUGGAUGCCAGAAAACAUACCAAAGAAAUGUUAAAAAAUUGUCUGGUGCAAAACAGUGCAAAAGUCUACAAAGAUGUGACCAUGACAGUCCAAAGUUAACAAUUUGUUUUCAACUCUUUAGUCUGGCUGACGUGACAAGUGACAGGUUUUUGCUUGAGUAGUGGGGUGUAGGGUUGGUGAUAAAGAUCGGAGCAACAUUUUUUUUUUUUUCUUGAAACAGAAGAAAGCACACAAAUAUUUGAUGAUCGCUCAAAAAACAUUGGAACACACAACUUCAGCACACAAAGAAGCAGAUAUACAGCACUGGCACACAACAAAAAUAGGCACACAAAAAUUACAACACAGUAACCAGUCACAGAAACUGAGCUACAUAAGGCUUGACAACAAAACUUCCUCAGUGCUACAACUAUGCUGAGUUUGUGAUGCACAGGUUGUCACUGUCACACCCAAUUUAAAAAUACUAAGUAAUACACACAACAAUGCUAUAACACUAUCAGGUGGGUGAUGGGUCUUUAUGGGUCAUACACAUAGUGGUAGGUACACCAUGGUUCAUAACACAAACUGACUCUGUUGGUUGUCUGCUCCGGUGCUGUCGCUGGGUCUCUAAAAACAUAUAAAAAAAACAGUAACAAAAAUAAAUUAUUACACAAAUUAUGUAUAAUGGCGGAAAGUGAUGUUGAUGAUGUACACCGCUGAGGUGCAGGUAAAGGUGGGAAAUGACACUAGCUUGGAGGGUUGAGAAAAUGUGCUCCGUUAGUUCCUCAUGGUAAACCACGGGUUUACCAUGUAAGUCCCAUGCUUAGCCAAGGCAUCAGACAACGAUGUACUGUCUGUGUGCUGAGGUUGGACUCUUAGUCGGUCAAUAAACAUGCCCAAUCAUGCUGUUUUACAGGUUGAUGUACAGUAGUUUGUCAUUGUCAUGCGUUUGUAUACUCGGCGUCAUGCUCUCACAGUCACCUUGUUUUUUUUAAUGCUCUCUUUGACCUGAGCACAGUGGGUCAAACAGCAGUUGGAAGCACUAGCUGUAAGCUAGUGGGAAAAGGAAGUUGUAUGUAUGCAUGUGCAGUAGAAUAAAAACGGAGUCUAUAUGCUUAUUGUGUAUAAAAUUUAUUUCAUGCAAGGACUUAUUUUUACAUAUUUUAUUUGAAUACUUUUCUGUUGCAUAAAUGUAAAAUACAUGCAUUUACCUUUCCCCAAGUAGACCCACAUCCCACACUGUGUUGUGUUAAUUUUUUUUUUUCUUCCCAUUGAAUUGCAUGACCAUAUAAUUCACCUGCAUCUGUUCACAUCAAAUUUUCACAAUUUUUUUUUUCUUCAAAUAUAUAACGUCCAUUAGUUACCACAGAGACAUAACUCGAAAAAAG